CAGUCAUACAGGAUAUCGUCGUGCCCCUACUCGCUUGUCUUCUUCCAACGCUACGCAGUCGUCUGUAAGAUGAAUUUCUGCUUCUUUCUUGUGUCUUGUUUGCUCAUUGUGGCUUCUGUCUGUUCACUGAGAACUAACAAUUCUCGUUCAGCGAUGCGGCCAGCGGAUCGGAUCUGCAAACCAGGACCGCCAUUGAAAAGAACUCCAGGGAAAAUCAGCUGCCUUAUAAUUGGCGAUUCUAUAAGUAUUGGGUAAUGUUUUUUAAUGACUAAACUUCCGUGUUGUUAAAGCUUAUGCUUAUUUCAGCGUUGGGACCAAUGUGUAAUCCCGUAAAUGCCGACAGAGUUUGACGGGAGUUUGACCUUGUGUCCUUAUUAUAAACGUAAUGGUGUUAUCAAGGGGCGGAAAUUGCAGACGUUUCAGUUCAAUUCCGUUCAAGCAGAGUCCUUGCCAAGGAAAAAAACGGCUUUCAUUCUAAUUCACUUGAGCGUGGACAGCUAGUAGCGCAGGAAAAAGAUCUGCAUCGCAAAAAAAAAACCGAAAGCUGAGAAAAUUGCUUCUAAUGAUAUUCGAGCAGCUCUCGAUCUGACCUUGACUGGAAAAAUCAUUACGUGACAGUUCGAACGAAGAGCAAGGCAUCAGGGCCUGUUUACAUGCGGUGAGCGAGCCCGGUUUGCUGGGUUUGGAUCCCGGUUGCUCGAGCCGAGGCCUAGGCAUGCGGGUCAACCGGCACUCUCAUGUAAAACACAACGGUUAAGCGUGCCAGCCCGGCUAUGGCUCAGUUCAUAUAAACAGGUCCUCAGACCUCGGAGUUUUUAAGGUUCUAGGGACCAUAGCUAGCCUACCUUGCAGACAUAAUUUAACUUCGGUUAGUAACCAGACUUUAGUUUCAUCUGUGGCGCAGACUGGCGCUAGACCAUAGCCUACGAGCAAGCUCCCCACUCGGGGGAGUCGCGAGAAGUCACGCGAGAGGCGCACGCGAUGGGAGAUGCGAGUGCUAGGGGUGGGGAAAGAAAGGAGAGCAUACGCCAUAUCAGGGCGCUAUUGCCCGAUAACCCCUUGGAACUGGAGCCGUUUCGGCGGAAAGAUAUAUCAAGUGAUCAGACAUAGAGAGAAAAUUGAAGGGCCAGGCGUUAAAAAAAAAAAAACGCGACCCAGAGAUACCUGGAGGUGGGGCAGGCAAUCUCUUAGUCUGCUACACAGCCGUUUUUAGUGUCGUCACGCAACGCUUCUAGUGGGGAGGAGCGUUGCGUGACGACUCUAAAAACGGCUGUGUAACAGACUAGCAAUCUCUCCCUUGGAAUCAUAUUUUGACUCUCCCCAACUCUCCCUCAGUUUGAAAGUCCAAAUCGAUCGCACAGCAAAAUGGGCAAAAUACGCCUGCCUUGCCGGCUAAAAGAGCCCACGACCAGAGACUUUCAAAGCUGAAACGUCUACAUUUGAUAACGGGUGCAACUAUUUUGGUCUGAGUCCGGUCUAGAUAGGCUUUGCUAGAUUAUGCUUGCUUAAUUUUUGGCAUGAUUCGUCAUCAUUACGAGCAUAAUUUUCAUCUACGAAAAAAAGCACUGCUUGCAUAAUUUGGACUUUUGGCUAGUUUUGCAGAACAAAAUUUCCUUUUAUUCAUCAUUCACCCAUUUUUUUUGCCCGAGAUCAGCGUUACAGGUAAGUUUAAGUGACAAAAUUACUAGAAAUGAUCUAAGACACUUUCCACAAGUCUGAACGCAUGAGCAUAACUAGAUUGGGUACCCAAAAUGUCGUCCGCGUGCUGGUUGUUGAUUGUUCGAGUUUUUAUAGUCGUCAGACUAUGAGUUAUGCGCUUUUGAAGUUACUAGAAUGAUAGAAACAGGGUAGACGUGUUUUCCGUUAACUUGUAUGUUGCAUAGGUAUUGAGAUAUUUUUACCAAAUUUAAAGCAAAAACUAGCGCAAUUAGUAUAGGUAAUAGCAUGAUUUGUAGCGAUACGUGGCAUAAAAACCGCGAGUGAUAUUUCAAAAUUGUUAUUCUCGGCUUGCACUGUCACGCAAUGAAAAAUAAAAAUGCAAACCAUUCAAUACAGAAGGACUAAAAUUCUGGGAAAUGAAAAAAGAUAAAUAUACAAAAACCCUUGCCAAGAAUCAGGUCUGUGAAAUAUUUCAAAUGCGAGAUAUUGGGAAAAACGGUUUACCUAAAUUUUUAAGCUUUGUAUGGAAACGCCAUGUUGGUGUCCUUUUCAGGAACACCAAUAUGGCCGCCGGAUACCAACAGAAACAUCUGUUUUCGAGUUUUCCUACUAAUGCGUGAAUUCUUCGCUUGAGGAACUCAUAAAGAUUACAGUAAUAUUUAUUCUGAGACAAGGAAUGUUUAGAUUGCAAAAUCUCCAAAAAUCGGUAAUGUUUUUAACCCACAUAAGAGCUUUCCCGGCCGCCAGCUAAAUGCCGCGNGUCACGAGUGGUAUUUACGCCAAAAAUCACGUACAAAAUAUGCUAUUAUUUGUUUAUACUACUACCAGCAAAAGGUUUGUAAUUUUCACAUGUAGGUUAUUCAAAUUAAGCUGAAAUGCCACUCCUCUAAGCCAAUCAAAUUGCAGAAAUUUCUCCGAUGUAGUAGCGUAAAUUCAUUUAAGAACUCCUCAUUUUUCAGAUCGUUUUUAAGAAAAAAAAAAGAAAGAAAAGAAAAGAAACAUUAAAGGUCUAAAUGUACAAAUGACAUGGGUUCACUGGGAGUAUUAGCGAGCGCCGUUUGGAGCCCAGAAAAGAACAUCGGCACUGCUUCGCAGACGUUACUAACCAAGGUUGAAUUACCUCUGCGACGCAGGCUAUGGGAGUGUAAGAAGACUAUUACAAAGAAACUGCAUGUUUUAAUUACGUUCGUGAUACGCAGCUUCAUUGCCCGUUGUCCUCGGCGAUUUCGGAUGUGACGUCACCUGUCAAGCUUGUGUGGAAAAUUUACUCGGUUCCAAGCCUCUUCUGGUCACUCGGAUAGCGCGAACUGGCCUGGGUACGAGGCUGCGUGAUACGGAUUUUAAUGCGUAAGGACACGACACCUGACUGUCAUUCUCUUUUCGUUUUCAUAGUUACACUCCAUGGGUGGCUAAAAUGCUUGGUCCCGACUAUCAAGUCCAGCAUGCUCCUUGGGAUCAUUCGGACGGAGGUGCUCUCGACUCUAAGUAUGGUCUUCAAUGUCUGAAUUUGUUUCUGUCUACCGUCAUGUUGGAGCCAACGAGUUAUGACGUCAUCAUCUUCAAUUUCGGUCUGCACGACAUCAACUAUGCCGGUAUAUUUCCAGAGGAGCAUGUUGCUCCAGAGGCGUACGCUAAAAAUCUCGCACAUAUCAAGUCAAUACUUCUUUCGACGAGGGCCAAAGUUGGAUAUGUUUUUACGACGCCAGUACCCUACAACAUCACCCUAAAUAAUCGCGUCAAACAGUACAAUAUUAUAGCACGCGAUGUGAUGAAUGUAGAGCCUGCAGUUGCUACCGCUGACCUGUAUACUUGGGUUGUAGAAGCGUGUGGUGAUCCACCAUACCAACAUUGUCUUAUUGCAGACAAACAACCGAGCCCCCAUUACACGAGUCAGGGAUACGAGUACCUGAGUGAGAGGAUAAAGGACCUGAUCCAAGAUCUCUUCCAGGGCCUACACGACAAUAUUAUCCCCAAAAAACCGAGAGACAAUUCUCAAUUCACUGACGACAUCACACAAAGGAAACUGGCAAAUUCUUGCUCGCAGAAAAGCGCAAAAUCAUUGGUGAGAACUGUUUUGUUUAAGAAGUUACCCUAACUACCCGUUACAUAAUAAUUAUUGGAAGAAUCUGAGUUUAAUUUGAAAAAUUAUGUUCCGCUUUUAGCAACCUCCGAGAUCUGCGAAAUUUUCAUAUCAUGAUAAGAUAGCCAGAUUCAAUAAAUGUUGUAGUACUCACUCAAAAUGCUUCCAAGCUCAUAACCUACUUAGCUCUUAUACAAACAGCAGCUAGAGCAAUAAAAGACUCUUUCCACUACGGACUUACCGACACAUUUUCCUGUCGUCCCAACAUCAAAUUUUUUUCUUUCUAACUCGUAUAUUUUCCGGCGUCAAGUCUGACUAAAUGUUUCCUUUUCUUGGAUUGGUACUUAUGCCAAGGUUAAACUGAAGAAAUUGAAUAUCUGUAUUCCUCUGAUGCAAAUGUUUUCAAAUACGUUUCUUCUCGAACCUCGCCUUUACGAAGUCGCCACUAUAGCUCGCGAUGGCGAUGGUGUCUGUAAUAGCUUCCUUAAGUUUACAGCAAACUUCAUUUUUUUUUGUUUUCAGAUAACAGACAAACCUGUUGUUCCCUGUACAGACAAGACUGGCAAGGUAGUUACAGUCUGCCCCUACAACUCCACGUGCUGCGACUCGUUGUAUUCCUCAACAGGACAAGGGUGUUGUCUUACACCGCAAGCCGUCCCGUGUGGGGACGAAAAACAUUGCUGUCCCGUGGGUUUCGAAUGCGAUCCCAGCUGUUCAAUUUACAUGUGUUCAUGUAAGGAAAAGAUGUGAACACUUAUCUUCUCCGAAGAAAAAUCAAAGGGAAAUUUUACAGAGGAAGUUAAAGCGAUUAACUAAAAGAA